CCGCGUGCACCCGGGCCGCUCUGCCCAGGGUCCGAGCAAACACAGACGCUACACACAUCUAAAGACAGAAACCAUCUCCGCCGGUCAAGAAGCCCUCAGAAGUCCCUUGCCAUGGACACAGAAGAUGAAGAGAACACGAGUUCGAGCAGCACAGAUGUUAAGGAAAGCUGCGGUCUGGACGGCGUGCCCCCCAAGGACGGCAGCACGCCCGGGCCCGGCGAGGGCGCCCCGCUCUCCAACGGGGGCGGCGGUGGCGCCAGCCGGAAGCGGCCCCUGGAGGAGGGCAGCAACGGCCACGCCAAGUUCCGCCUGAAGAAGAGGAGGCGGCCCCCGGGGCCCGCGCUGCCGAAGAACGCCCUGAUGCAGCUGAAUGAGAUCAAGCCCGGCCUGCAGUACGCGCUGCUCUCGCAGACGGGCCCCGUGCACGCGCCCUUGUUCGUCAUGUCCGUGGAAGUGAACGGGCAGGUGUUCGAGGGCUCCGGCCCCACCAAGAAGAAGGCCAAGCUGCACGCCGCUGAGAAGGCGCUGCGGUCUUUCGUGCAGUUCCCCAACGCCUCCGAGGCGCACCUGGCCAUGGGGAGGACCCUGUCCACCAACACGGACUUCACGUCCGACCAGGCCGACUUCCCCGACAUGCUCUUCAACGGCUUCGAGACCCCCGACCGGUCGGAGGUACCCUUCUACCUGGGCUCCAACGGGGACGAUUCCUUCAGCUCCAGCGGGGACCUGAGCUUGGCGGCGUCCCCCGCGCCCGCGAGCCUCGCGCAGCCUCCCCUCCCCGGCCCCCCGCCGUUCCCGCCGCCCAGCGGCAAGAACCCCGUGAUGAUCCUGAACGAGCUGCGGCCCGGGCUGAAGUACGACUUCCUGUCGGAGAGCGGGGAGAGCCACGCCAAGAGCUUCGUCAUGUCCGUGGUGGUGGACGGCCAGUUCUUCGAGGGCUCGGGCAGGAACAAGAAGCUCGCCAAGGCCCGGGCCGCGCAGUCCGCCCUGGCGACCAUUUUUAACUUGCACUUGGACCAAACGCCGUCUCGCCAGCCCGUCCCCAGCGAGGGCCUGCAGUUGCACUCGCCGCAGGUGUUAGCCGAUGCCGUGGCCCGCCUGGUGCUGGAUAAGUUCGGCGACCUGACGGACAACUUCUCCUCUCCUCACGCUCGCAGGAAAGUUCUCGCCGGCGUCGUCAUGACAACAGGCACAGACGUGAAAGACGCCAAGGUGAUAAGUGUCUCCACGGGGACGAAGUGCAUCAACGGCGAGUACAUGAGCGACCGCGGCCUUGCAUUGAACGACUGCCACGCAGAGAUCAUAGCACGGCGGGCCUUGCUCCGCUUCCUCUACACACAGCUCGAGCUCUACUUCACUAACAAAGAUGAUCAGAAGCGAUCCAUCUUUCAGAAGUCGGAGCGCGGAGGGCUGAAGCUGAGGGACAGCGUGCAGUUCCACCUGUACAUCAGCACGUCCCCCUGCGGGGACGCCAGGAUCUUCUCGCCGCACGAGCCCAUCCUGGAAGAACCAGCGGACAGACACCCAAACCGCAAGGCCAGAGGACAGCUGCGGACGAAAAUAGAGUCUGGCGAAGGCACGAUUCCCGUGCGAUCCAGCGCGAGCCUGCAGACGUGGGACGGGGUGCUGCAGGGCGAGAGGCUGCUCACCAUGUCCUGCAGCGACAAGAUGGCGCGGUGGAACGUGGUGGGCGUGCAGGGGUCCCUGCUCAGCAUCUUCGUGGAGCCCAUCUACUUCUCGAGUAUCAUCCUGGGCAGCCUCUACCACGGCGACCACCUCUCCAGGGCCAUGUACCAGCGGCUCUGCGGCAUAGAGGAUCUGCCCCCGCUCUACGUGCUCAACAAGCCCCUGCUCAGCGGCAUCAGCAACGCAGAAGCGCGGCAGCCGGGGAAGGCGCCCAACUUCAGCGUCAACUGGACGGUGGGCGACGCGGCCAUCGAGGUCAUCAACGCCACGACAGGGAAGGACGAGCUGGGCCGUGCGUCCCGCCUGUGUAAGCACGCCUUGUACUGUCGCUGGAUGCGUGUGCACGGCAAGGCUCCCUCCAGCCUGCUGCGCGCCAAGAUCGCUAAGCCCAACAUGUACCACGACUCCAAGCUGGUGGCCAAGGAGUACCAGGCCGCCAAGGCGUGUCUGUUCAAAGCGUUCAUCAAGGCGGGGCUGGGCGCCUGGGUGGAGAAGCCCACGGAGCAGGACCAGUUCUCUCUCACGCCCUGACCCGGAAGGGGGGCUGCCCGCGUCCGGCGCCGUCUCCGGAGCCUCACGUCCGCACGGGGGCAGGGGUGUGGGGACGCGGGGUGCUGGG